UAACGUCAAUUCGUGUAGAUUUUUUUUUAUUUUUUUUAUUUUGCAGGUAUAAGAUAUUAUCUAUGCCCGCCCGCCAACAAGCAAGCGCAGCGUCUAAGACUGCCACUUCAUUCACCGGCGAUUCCACGAAUGUCUCCCUGCUUCCUCUCCUACCGCGCACCCUUCUCUCAACUUAUCACCUGCAGCGUGUCUUCCGGCGUACGGCCUCCACAUUCUACUCUUCCUCCGCCACCACCUGCGCUAGUUAACCUCAACACAACCACCGUUCCAGCACAGAAGUGCGCCCUCCAGUGCUCUCACUUCGAAUCGUGCUCUGGGUGCACGCAAGAGUUUAAUCUCCAACGUCCGAUUAUAGUUGAUGAGGCUGAUGAGUUUUUUAGGAGUGUUGGAAUUUCGGACUUCACUUUUGAUAGCUCUAGAUUGUGGGGAUGGAGAUGUCGCGCAAAAUUGGCUGUUCGUGGUUCCUCAAUGAACCCUCUAAUUGGGCUUUACCAGGAAGGCACUCAUAAUGCGGUUGACAUUCCCCAUUGUAAAGCUCACCACCCAACUAUUAAUGUUGCUGUUGAAUUACUUAGACGAGGUAUUACUGAAUUGAAUGUUGAGCCAUAUGAUGAAGAUCAGGGAACAGGUGAUUUAAGAUAUGUUCAGAUGGCUGUGACAACUUACAAUACCGCACUUCCUGCAUCCGAAAGAUACAAAAAUGGUAAAGUACAAGUUGCUUUAGUUUGGAAUUCAAGAAAUGAGAACUCAUCUAAUUUUGGCAAACUAAAUGCCUUGGCUAAUUACUUGUGGAGAAAUGGUGGACCAAGGAAUGAUGUCCGUGUCAUUCAUUCUGUAUGGGCUAACUUUCAGACAUCAACUAACAAUAUUAUUUUUGGGAAUAGGUGGAGACAUCUUUUAGGAGACCAAGACUUCUGGGAACAUGUUGGAGGAAUUGAUAUAUCCUUGGCUCCAUCCAGUUUUGGACAAGCAAAUACACGGGCUUUUGAUACUUUGCUGCGAAAGUUACAAAAAUAUGUUCCUUAUGGAGCAUCUGUUGCUGAUUUGUAUGCAGGCGCUGGUGUGAUUGGGUUAUCACUGGCUGCCACUAGAAGAUGCAGAUCUGUUAAAUGCAUUGAGGUUAACAAAGAGUCAAAAAUAUCUUUUGAGAAGACAGUCGAACGCCUUCCAAACUCUGUGGAUAGCAACAUCAGCUGGCAUCAUGCUGACACUUCAGCUGAACCUCUUUCUUGGCUGAUGGGCUCAGAAGUAGUUGUUGUUGAUCCUCCAAGAAAAGGUCUUGACUCAUCUGUUGUUGAUGCAUUGCGGGCUAUAUCAUCAAUGGAACGUAAAGCUAAGUCAUUAUCUGAAAGUAGUCACUCAAAGGUGAAAGAUGAAAAAAGGCCAUGGAUUUUACGUGCUAGGGAAGCAUCGGUUGAAAUCAAAGGCAAAGAAACUUUGAAGGAUCCUCAAUCACUACCUCAAACACUUAUUUAUAUAAGCUGUGGAUGGGAAAGCUUCAAAGAGGAUUGCAAGUCAUUGUUGUCUAGUAAGGAAUGGCGUUUGGAAAAGGCUCAUGGUUUUAAUUUCUUUCCUGGAACCCAGAGCAUUGAGAUUCUGGCUGUAUUCAAGAGGGGCCAAGGAGCAAGCCCUAAGAAGAAGAAAUCAGGCAAAAAGAAGAAACGCUUAUAAGGAUCAUCGAGUCAUUCAUGCAACACAGUUUCUUCCAUGAUCCCCUGAAGGAAUCAGGCUAUAAAUUGCACAUGAGAAGAUGAAAUGAAACCCAAAAAUGGAAACCAGUGUAAUGAGGAAUGUACGAGAGAUGGGUACAAACAGAAAAUUUAUCGUAGGCAUUCUGUUGUGUUCUCUUAUUGUGUAAGGAAAAUGAGAUGCACAAGUGUACAAAUGAAUAGCAUUUUAUAUUAAUCAUGUAUCUCAACAAUCUUCUGUAGAAUUUGAAAAAGAAUGAAAAACUAAUGCAAAAGCGAAAGGAAAAGUGAAAA